UUGAGCCCAAGCAACAUAAGGAGCAAUAAUAAACUCCACAUUCCUAUGCCUAAAAAUUCUCAGUACCAUCCUCCACAAAUCCCAUUGCGCCAGUCCGUUCCUUCCCUCGAAAAGUUUAGUCGCCGCGUCUUCCUGACCGGCCUCGUAUUUUGCCCAGGCCUGAUUCCUGUCUCUGCACGCCUCAUUGUGUUCCAUAUGCUGAUACUGCUUCCAGCGCUUGUUGGGGAGAAGUCCAGGGAAUACAAACACAGGCUUAAUUCGCAGUUUUUCAAGGGCGCGAAGAUCAGAUUCGAUGCGCUGUGUUAGCGCCAACGGGAGUCCACCUGUUGCUGCAAGCAGGGGCUCCCUGGACGGUGGGUUUUCAGUCAAUAGCUUGAGGUAGUAAGAGGCAUCGAUUCCCAGUCGAGAGUCCGACAAAACAGAAAGAGGAAGAGUUUGCAAGUGCUUCCGCUCGGAGAGGUAGUUUUCGAGAUAUUUAACAGGCAUUAC